AUGGAGGGAAAUCCGGUGGUAAUUGACAAUGGAUCCUACAAUAUCAAAUUUGGGUUGGCAGAAGAUGGAAAGAACAAACCAAUUUGUAAACCAUUAAUCGCACAUAAUUGUUUGGUAAAAGAUAAAUAUGGUGUCUCUUAUCUUUCGAAUCAGGUUGAGAGGAUUAAAGAUAUAUCUUCAGCGACCAUAAGAAGACCACAUGAACUCGGACAAUUGGUUUCAUGGGAGUUGGAAAGUCACAUAUGGGAUUACUGUCUUUUUAACCCCGAUGAAUUUGAUGGUUUUGAUAUUAUUGAUUCAUCACAGAAGGAUUUGGUUUUGAGUGAAGCUUGUAUCACAGUCCCUGAACUAGGUAAGCACACAGAUCAAGUUGUGUUUGAAGAAUAUGAUUUUAAAAGUAUGUACAAAACAUGUACAGCAGGAUUUAUACCGUUUAUUUCUAGUGAUAAAUACAGAAUCAUAUCAGGAAAGGAUAUAGACGAUUCGUUGGAAACCAAACGCUUUUAUGACAAUCACGAUGAUGCAGGUAAAGGUACAAAAAAGGACUAUAGAGAUUAUCAACUUGUGAUAGAUUCGGGAUUUGACUGUACAUAUAUCGUUCCCGUUAUAAAAGGUAUUCCAGUAUAUAAGGCUGUUAAGAAGUUAGAUAUUGGUGGAAGGUUUUUAAAUGGACUAUUAAAGGAAACUUUAUCCUUUCGUCACUAUAACAUGAUGGAUGAAAGUAUAUUAGUCGAUGAAAUUAAAGAAAAAUGUUUAUUUGUUAGCCCAACGUCUUAUUUUGACAGUUUCAAGAAGAAAGAUGAAAGUUCCGUAGUAUAUGCAUUACCCGAUUUCCAAACAAGUGUUAUGGGGUAUGUUGUUGAUUCGAUUCAUCCAUUGGCAGAUAAUGGUCAAAGUAUUACGUUAAGAGAUGAACUAUUCUCAAUCCCAGAGACAUUUUUCCAUCCAGAGAUUGCACAAUUAUUAAAGCCAGGUAUUGUAGAGACGAUUCUAGAGAGUUUAUCGAUGUUGCCAGAAGUAAUUAGGCCAUUAAUGGUCAGCAACAUAGUUUGUACAGGCGGUAACUUCAAUUUACCAAAUUUUGGAUCAAGAUUAUGUAGUGAGUUACAAAGACAACUACCAACAGACUGGACAUGCCGGAUUGCCCUUCCAAAGGGUGACUGUUCGUUAUUUGGAUGGGAAGCUAUGCAAGCAUUCGCUCAGACUGAAACGUAUAGGAAGAAUAGGGUGACAAGAGAGGAAUAUCUGGAACAUGGCGCUGAAUGGUGUACAAAGAACAGAUUUGGAUACCAAACCUGGAUAUAG